UCGUUGAAAGAAGGUGGCAAAUGCUGUGAGCAUCUUUAAAGGCUGUUUCCUGGAGAUCUGGAGAAAAAGAGAGAAGCCCAAAGAAGGAAACAAAGGGGAUAUGGUUUCCUUGUCCUAUUUCUUUGUAUCUGGCUCCCUCUGUCUCUGGAAGAUUAGCCACAGGACACAAAGAUGCCCAGCUGGUCACUGUAUGCCCAAGUUCAGUUUAGCUCGUGCUUCUCUCCUAUUUAGCCUGACUGCUUUCUCUGAAGGGGAGGACUCUCAGCCCGACAGCCCUUUAGUUUAACCUGAAGAGCUUGUGCUGCCUCUCUCCCCGUCCUGAAAGCUUGCUGGAAGUGGAGGAGAGAGAGAAAGAGGAGAACUUGAAAGUGCCCGAGGAACACUGGAUGCCAGGAGGAGGCAAACAUUCCCGUGGACAAAGCAGAAAAGACAGAGCAGACUGAUUUAAUUGCUGUUUUUCAUCAUUUUUUCUCCCUAUCCUUUUGGAGAUUUUUGAAAACACAAUACAAAGCAGAACACCAACCCCGAAGCCCCAACCCCUUGGCUAGCUCUUAUGGGAAUGAAACACUCCUCCCGCUGCCUGCUCCUGAGGAGGAAAAUGGCGGAGAAUGCUGCCGAGAGCAUCGAGUACAUGGCUACAUCUGAAAGACCUAUGGGCCCAUCUGUCACUAUAUUUGGAAUACCUUCUACCCUCAUCAAUGGCUUGCUCUGUUCCAUCCCAGCCUCCUCAGCCUAUUGUUCCAAAGCCAGUUCAAUCUGUCAUACAUGUUCCAUUGCAACCAAGCUGCCCGGGCCGAGGCAAGAUGGCAAAACUCCUUAAUCCAGAAGAGAUGACAUCCAGGGAUUAUUAUUUUGAUUCCUAUGCUCACUUUGGAAUUCACGAGGAAAUGCUAAAGGAUGAAGUGCGCACAUUAACUUAUAGAAACUCCAUGUAUCACAAUAAACAUGUUUUUAAAGAUAAAAUUGUACUGGAUGUUGGAAGUGGCACAGGAAUCCUCUCCAUGUUUGCUGCCAAGGCAGGAGCCAAGAAGGUAUAUGGGAUUGAAUGCUCAAGCAUAUCUGAUUACUCAGAAAAAAUCAUCAAGGCCAACCACUUGGACAACAUAAUCACAAUAUUUAAAGGUAAAGUGGAAGAAGUUGAAUUACCUGUGGAUAAAGUAGACAUCAUCAUCAGCGAGUGGAUGGGUUACUGUCUUUUCUAUGAGUCAAUGUUAAACACAGUCAUCUUCGCACGAGAUAAGUGGCUGAAACCUGGAGGGCUAAUGUUUCCUGACCGAGCUGCUUUAUACGUGGUAGCAAUAGAAGACAGACAGUACAAGGACUUCAAAAUUCACUGGUGGGAGAAUGUGUACGGCUUUGACAUGACCUGUAUUAGGGAUGUUGCCAUGAAGGAGCCUUUGGUGGACAUAGUAGAUCCAAAGCAAGUGGUGACCAAUGCCUGUUUAAUAAAGGAAGUAGAUAUUUAUACAGUGAAGACUGAAGAACUGGCAUUUACUUCUGCGUUCUGCCUCCAAAUUCAGCGUAAUGAUUACAUUCAUGCCUUGGUCACCUAUUUUAAUAUUGAAUUUACAAAGUGCCACAAGAAAAUGGGAUUUUCUACAGCACCUGAUGCUCCCUAUACCCACUGGAAGCAAACUGUCUUCUAUUUAGAGGACUAUCUAACUGUGAGACGAGGGGAAGAAAUCUAUGGGACUAUAUCCAUGAAACCAAAUGCAAAAAAUGUGCGUGACCUGGAUUUCACAGUAGACUUGGAUUUUAAAGGACAGCUAUGUGAAACAUCAGUAUCUAAUGACUACAAAAUGCGCUAGCAAGAAACCUUUCAGAGAAAUGGAAAGGAGAAUGGCAUCAAGUCUUGAACUGCUGAACUUCAAGCUAGGAAUAACUGUUUGCAAGACUAUCAUAUUAGAUCCUAGAAUGUUUGCUCUGAUGGAAAGUGGUAACUUGAUCUGUCUUGCAGGUAGUACAGAGGGCUGGGAUCCCAUUGUGAAUGUACAGUAUACAGAACCGUAGCUUUUGUCAAACAUAUAGGCAAAAUAAGCAACAGUCUCGAGUAUUUUGGUUAGCUUUAGGAUGGCAGAAGAUACGUACAAAAAUUGUAUUACUUCCUGUGAAUUUCUGGUUCUUCCAAGCUUUGCAUGUUACAGGCGAUUAGGGCAGUUUCCUUACUAUACAAGACCACUACAACACAUUGCUAUAGUAGUAUUAUUGAUCUUAUUUUUAAUAUAAAUAUACUAUAUAUAUAUAUGUAUAUAUGUGUGUAUAUAUAUAUAUAGUACAUGAGGAAAAUUCUGUUGCUUCAUAAUAGGAAUUAGUUUUGUGAUUAUUUACUUCUCAUUAUACAGUGAUGGAAAAAUAAUUAUGUUACUUCUGGCACUACUCUAGGCACUGGCAUGGUCCAGCUAUCAUUCACUGUCUAGAAUUAUAGCUAUGCAAAGUAUAAGCAAGAGCUGCAAGUUAAUAGAAAGAUCAACAGAUAUUUUUUAGAAUAUCAUUUGGAAAAUAUGGAUCAUUAAUUUUAAAAUUCACCUUCAUAAGUGGAUGUCUGCCGGAGCUUUAAAGAACAUUAGCUUUUUAUCCUUGAAAAUAUUUUGUGUUGAGUUUUUAUAGCUGGAUUUUGCAUUGCAUGAGAUCCUCUGAAAUCAAGACACUUGGUAUUUAAAUGUGAUGAAUGCAAAGUCUCUAAAAUGGUGAGUCAUUUAUGUUUCUUGGCCAUGCCAUAUUUCAGUUCUCCUUUCCACAAGAUUCUUAAUACAAAAUCAUUUUCAAAAACCAA